AUGUUGGUGCUGAUAAUUCGCUUUCAAUUUUCUAUUUGCCCAUCUGCCAUAUUUUGCUUUUGUAGCCAAGAACUUGAUGCCUGGCUUCGCGAAUUUACAUCACAUCCUACUUCGCCUCAGUUUUCCGGCUUUCCAGAGUCCCAAAUGUCCGUGUCCGCUUCCGGCCUGCCAGGUUCCGGUACUCAAGAAACAUCAAGGCCUGGGGUCAAGCAUCCCCUCUUUCCCAAAGAGCCAUCGUUAGGUUUGGGGAUCAAUCAACCCUUGCCCGAAGAGUUGGGGACAACUAGCGACACUAGCAUGCAUGGCGGUGCCUCAAACGUGGUCACACGAGGCUCUCAAGAGCCGCACCCAACUCCAGGGGGUCCCGAGUUGUCCGAAUUCCUGACCGCCAAGAUGCCACGCAGAGAUGAUGUUGUAUGCCAUUUUUGGCUAGUUUUCAAUGGCGUCAUCAUACCGUUUGCUUGCCUUACCCCCUCCCUUUCGAAUGGCGGAUCCGAUUCGGGUCUCUUAUCCGGAUCUGCCCUAUGGACCCGUACAUCCGUUUCUUAUUUUUAUGCUUGA